UGUAAGUUGGUGACUCUAAACAUCACAAAUCAAUCAUUAUCCACUAAAAAUUCUACUCCACACCACUCGUCACCAUUCCACCCUCCUUUCCUCCCACUCAAUCCCCCAAAACCCCCUUCCGACGUCCAAAUCUCAUCCCUUCUCACACUUAAAGCUCACCAGUCCACUAACCUCCAAAAUUCCUCACCUCAAAAUCUGCUUCUUCCUUUCUAAAUCUCCAAAGUUAAUUCCCCUCCCAAGCCCUCUGUCUUGAGAGGGAAAUUUGUUCUUGGAAAAAUUGAUUCUGGUGCUGCAGAAGGAACAGACUGGGAGCAGUGAAAAGGAGCUAUACAAGAAGACCAAAGAGUCGUUCUGGAGGAAUUUGGGGCGGAAGGGGUACCUAGAGCCUCUGUGGGUAAGUAGGAUCAGGCAGAAGGAGAUGUGGAGACAGAAAAGAGGACUUUUAAGGGAGAAAAUUGGUAGAUAUACUUUAAGAUAGGGUUUUGGGGUUUGAUUCUAUCUGUUAGAAUUAAUGCAAAAUUCCUUUUACUCUAGUUAUCAAAAUAUAUACACAGUGAAACAAUUUUAUAUAGUUUAGAUAAUGAAUCGGAUUCUUGAAUUAGAAGAAUCAAACUUUUCCAAAAAAUUGGGUUUUCAGUUGGUGAAAUUCUCUGAGAAGCUUUCAAUAGAGAAUUCAAAAUUUUAGAAAGUGGGCACCCAGAAGAUAGCAGGAGUUCGGAUAACUGUUCUAGGAUAUUAGAGUAGACAUUAGUUAUUCCAGGCUCUUAUUCACCCAAAGCUCACCACCUAACUUCUCUUAGAAAUGAUUCAGAUAAACCAAGUAAUUAAGGAAGAUGCGAACUGAAGAAUUCUGGCUUGAACCCUCUCUGAAAUACAAGUCUUGAUCCAAAUCUGUGAUGAAGAAGAAAUAGAGAUUUUAGAGUCACUCAACCAGGUCCAUUCCUCUGGAUUUCCGAAAGCUCUAGCCACCCUCAGCAUAGGUCAGAAGGAAGCAGUGAUCCUGGAGAAGCUCCCUGGAAGGAGUAUGAAGGAGUUCCUACUAGAGACUGAUCCUUCACAGAAGCUCUCUGUGAAGGAACUGAGUGAAAUAUUUGCAAAAAUCAUACUUUUGGUUCGAAAGAUUCACUCUGCUGGGUAUACGUAUAACAAUAUUGAACCAGAGCAUGUCUAUUGCUCGCCUUACUUUUGUAAUGAUGAUUCCGUUCUGGCUAAAACGGGAGAGGACAAGAUUAUCCAGAAGGACGUCAGCCACUUUAUUGGCUCUAAUAGAACUGGCUCAAAGACAUUCAGAAUGAGGAGCAAUAGCAAAACUUUAAUCAAAAACAUACUCGGGAUAGAGAGAAAUAGCCCAAAAAGACAUUUCGAGGUAUCGAUCAUGAAUUUUACUGCUAGUCGCCCUAUUGAAAAGUGCUCAUCCUCUCCCUCUGUGGGAGAAAGGAACUCAAAUCAUAUCAAGCAAGAAAAAGAACAUGAAAGUAAUGAUUUGAAAAUCCCACCUACUCUUUCAAAAAUCUGCCUCUCGAAAAUGUACUCAUUGUCAGGAAGAACGAGAGCUGAUGAUCUCAAAGAUGUGUGUUAUUUGUUCUGCUACUGCCUCCUUAACUCAAGAUACACUUCUGAAUGACUUAAGAAAUCCCUCAAAGUCCAUGAAUUUGCACUUGAGAUUUUCAAGGUGAUCUAUUCCAAGACAAAAUACUCUACAUUCAAAUCAAAUUCACAAUAUCAAGAAAAGAAUGAUUAUACCACUCUAUCCAGAUGUCUGAUAGAAAAAGUCAACAAAUUGCCAAUCAAAAUAAAAGAUGCCCUAAUUUCCUUCACUGACCCAGAUGAAUGCGAAGAAAUAAGUGAAUUCUACCCUCUUGAAAAGCUAGGCCACGACCAAACUUUUGAUGCAAGAAUUGGAAACAGAUUCACUCGAAAGACGAUGAUCAAGUAUAUCUACAAUAGAUAUUACAAAAAAGGAGAGAACAUAGUGAAUCCACGGAAAGAUCUGCCGGGUCUCAGUAAAAAAUCUUCACUUAAAAGUCAAAGCAUGAAGGGUAAAUUUACAAAUCUUCCUAACAAAAAUAUCCCUCACAGAAUCUGUGAUGACUCAGGAGAUGCUAAGAAUAGCUUAGUGAUUGCUGGGAAACUCUUGAAGAAGAACUCCAAGGAUUCCUUCAGUAAACAUGAUGCUAAGGAGAAAAUUGACCCACCUAUAAACAACCAAAGAUUAGAUCAGAUUAAUGAAGAAGAUGUGGACGAAAGCGACUCAGUCAACCACCAUAAUGGCAAGAGCUACCGUGAAUCACACUCUUCCUUUGUGAGAUUACUCAAGAGUCCCAAUAAUCAAAGCAAAUUAUCCCGAUCUCACCGUAAAAUUUCUAACAGAAUGGACAAAAUAGACAUAUUUGAGACCGGAUUUGAGAACAUCCUAGAUGAUGUCCUUGACGAAGGAUGUCAAAGGAAUCCAACAGUUUGAAUAUCUCUUAAAAGGCCACUAGAGCCUUUCAUGCAGAAAUAACCCAAAAAAUUAAAUGACACCUGUAACUUCAU